AUGUUGCUGCCCCUUGCUGCUUCUGCUUCAGCUCCCAGCAAAUCACAAACCUAUAAGAAAAAAACUUCUAAGAGGGUAAACUAUGAUCAGUUGGAUGCAUUAUGUAGCAUCAGUGGGCUACAAAACAGGAAGAAUCCACACACCACUGAAGAAGCUCAUCAAAAGUUUAUGAAACUUUAUCCCAAAAUAUUCUACCGAGAAAAGACUGUAUUGCCAGGAAUACCUCCAACACUCUCAAAGAGGGUACUUUCCAGUGAAUCAGUGGAUGGAAGUAAAGUAGGAACAUCUCAUGAUAUAGGUAUUUAUGUUCAAAAGAUCAAAAAUCCCAAGAAGGUGUGGCAUGAAUCUCCCGAGUUCAAGGAGAAGAUGAAUAUGCUAAUAAGGAUACUGAGAAAAAUACCCAUUCUCAGAUCUAUCAAAGAACAUAAUACAGUGUAUGAGACGAUGAAGCUCAUUCCUGACAUCAAGGCUCAGCUUUCUGAUGAAGAACUUAAGGAACUCAGCAUGUGUACCAUCAAGGAAUACUGGGCAAAAGGAAGCACAGUUGUUGGAAAUCAAGGUUUCUAUGCCAUAUUGAAAGGCUCUGCUAGACCUCAAGCAAGGUGUUACAAAAGAAUGCUUGGAGAAGACUUUGAUUCAUUAUGUGUAGCCAUGUCAACUUCUAGUCAAGAUACUAUGUUUGGUUUUUCAGGCCGAACAAUGCUUAUCAGAGGAAGUUGUUUUGGGACUCUGGAAACAGCCCCACCAAAACUGCCGCACAUCCUGCUGUCCAUCAUUACAGAAGAAAACUGCGAAAUUCUUAAAAUUUCUUCCACAGAUUAUUUGAGAAUAAAAGAGGAAAUAGCUAUGCAUGAACGAAUUGCCAAGGAAAAAUUAAUUCAUGGCUGUCCAUAUUAUCGCUCCUGGCCUGUGCUUUAUGUAUUUCACUUAAUGUCUCAUUUGAAAUGGAGGCAAUUUCCUGCAGGCUAUGUGCUUUUAAGAGGAGGAGAAAUCAGUGCAUUUGUUGGAUUUAUUAAAUCUGGAUACUGUAAUGUUUACAGAGAAACUGAGGCACUUGUGAAACUACCGUUGGGGAAAAUGGUUAAACAAAUCAGACAGGUUCUUGUGGGUCAGCUCCAUGAGAAACAGUCCUUUGGAGAAGUGAGCAUUCUUCUUCAGACCCCUUUCACAUGCAGAGUUGUAACAGCGACAAAUGUUAAAUUGGGCAUAAUUGAUGCCAGUGCUAUACUAGGUUUGGAUGUGGUGAUUCAAAUGCUUCUCCUCCAAACAGCUGAGCCAACAUUUGAUAAUAUCAUGCAAGAUGAGAUCAACUUUGAAUAUAUAAAUAAAGAGAAACAAAAAGAAUGGCAGAGUGUCAAGAAAAAGGUGGUGCAGAACAUAUUGUUUCACAAUGGAAUUAUCCCCGGUUUGGGGAAAUGGACACAUGAGUGGAGUCAUCCAGCCAAGAGGGGGAAAAAAUCAACAGAACAAGCAUCGUUGAGUUGCUGUCUGAGUGAUAGCAGUGUAGGAGAGGCUGAAGACUUCAGUUUUGAAAGUAGCAUUCCCACCUCUGUGGUAGUUCUGUAUGCUGACAGCAUGGGGAUGCUAGAAUGGAUAGUGCCUGUUCAUCUGGAAUCUACAACUGCAGAGUUUGAAAUGAUGGCAAAGGGGGGACAAUAA